AGGCGGUCCCUGGGCCAAAUCAAGAGGAGCCUCACUUUGGCACCUGACCCCUUCAUAGAGAACAGUCAUUGGUUGACUCAUGCAGAAGAGCACCCCCUUUGUUUGGGCCUUAUUUCUUCCUCCCUCCAAUCUCACGGUUCCAGGGAGAACUUCCAGAAACAGUACACUGUUUUUGCUAUGGGAGAAGGAUUGUGCCCCAGGCUGGGGAAUCAGAGAACCUCAUUGCCCCGGCCACAAGGAACCAGUGGGACGUGGGACACAAGGAGUCUUCUUACUGGAUCUGGAGGGGGAGACGUCCUUGCAUCCAUAGUCCUGGAACCGGAAGGAUGUGAGUUGGAAUAGGCCUGAGGUUCUGUUCUCUCUGCUAUGGAAAAAGCCUACCUAUACUGGGACUGAAUGAGGCUGGCGCCCCAAAAGAAACACAGAGCUGGGGAAAAGGAAAGAGAGAGAGAGAGACCUAUGACCAUAAUGAGGUCCCUAAUCUCAGGACCUGAAGGUUCAGGAGUGGCCUGAAACCUAUAGAUUUCCCUUUGAUUCCAUGAGCUAGAUCAACAGCUCACAAACAUUCUACCUACGACCCAUUGCACUCUGCAAUCCAGAACACACACACAAGUACAGGAUGAAAGGUAUAUAAUUUUCAUGAAGCAACAUUUAUACCAUUAUUAUGUGUGAUACAUUUUUUUUAAAGAUUAUAUUUAUUUAUUUGAGAGAGAGAGAGUGAGCAUGAGCGGGGAGGAGGGGCAGAGAGAGAGAGAGAAGCAGACUCCCCACUGAGCUCAGAGCCCGAAGCAGGGCUCAAUCCCAGGACCCUGAGAUCAUGACCUGAGCCCCUAACCUAUAGGAUCUGAUGCCAUCUCAGGGGAGACAGUGUCGGGACUGAAUUAAAUUGCAGUCAGUCACCUCUCUGGUGUCAGAGACUUGCUCACUGGUGUGGGGGAAACGUGCACGUCGGAAGCAGGUGCAGAGUUGUACGCUCCCGGCACAGGGCUCCGACGCAAUGUUCUGCACUGGGCAGUUCCCAUCCCUCCAAACCCCCAAUCACAGAAAUCUGGAUUUUUCUUGAGGGGCAGGAGAAGGAAGGGGAACACGUCCUCAAGAGUGUCUCAAGGAUCCCAUGAGAGAGCCCAGACCCAGGUUCUCAGCUGACUCAGAAGAGGUCUGCAGAGCUUCGGGCUUUCCCCCCCGGGCGGCAGAACCUGCUGGAGACUCUGCUUCAGCCCCCCGCCGGACCAGAGGCCCCAGAGAGGUGUCCAAGCAGAACGUUGCACCAGUGACUCACGAGGGCACCUCUAAUUCUCCCAUGGACCAAAUGAGCUCAACUCUGGGGUGGCAGGAGCCUCUGGACAGCGAGGCAGGGACAGAAUGCCCAAGGGACCAGGAUGACAGUCUUCUGUGUGAGGAUGUGCAGCAACAAGAUGAGGAUCUGUCAGCUGAAGAAAUAAUAUUUUUGAAAGAGUUUCCCAUCAUCAAGGAAGAGCUAGAAGUGGACAUCAAGAAGCUCCAUGCCCUUGCAGAUGACAUCAACACAACCCACAGAACAUUCACCAAGACCAACAUGUUGGCCACCUCCAUCACUGUGGUCUCAGACACCAUGAGCAUCCUGGGUCUGGUCCUCGUCCCAUCAACAAUAGGAGGAAGUCUGGUGCUCUCUGCUGUUGGUAAAGUUUUGGGGACAGCAGCCGGGUUCACCAGCAUCUUCACCAAUGUUAUGGAACACUUUCAAAGUCAAAAAGCCCGAACUCAAGCCAGCACCCUAGUGUCUACCCAUAACCAUGAGGUCGAGGAGGCUCAGGGAAAGAUGGUCUAUAUCAUGAGUGUCGGAAAGAAGGCCUAUGAUUGUGGAAGUAACAUCAUGGAUGUUAAGAGGAACAUCCAUGCCUUUCAGAGAGCCAGAGCCCACCCGCGUCUGGCCACUGCAGCCAAGCGUCUCCUGACCACUGGCCAAGUCUCGGCCCGAAGGAGCAUGCAGUUGCAAAGGGCCUUUAAGGGCACAGCAGUGCUGAUAAAGAAAAAUGCUCGCAUGCUGUGUAGUGCUAUGGCUGGCUUCUCCCUCUACCAGGACGUGGUCACCCUCCUGACCGACUGGAAGCAACUGAAGAAAGGAGAAGGAAGCAAGAUGGCAGAAGAGCUGAGGGCCCACGCGCGGGAGCUAGAAAGGAAGCUGACAGAACUCACCCAGCUCUAUGAGAGCCUGCAGCAGCAGAAACUCUUCCAAGAGAAAAGGCCCAGGAGCUCGUCUUCGGGCGGAGCCACGGGGUCUCUGGCUUGACCUCCAGGCAGGCGUGGGGAAGCAGGACCUCAGGUGACAGGAGAGGACUCUGAGCAGAAUUAAAAGGGGACACGGUGGGGGCGGGCUGGGUUGGCAGAGGCGAUGCCUAGGACUUAGCAAUCGGGAGGUCCAACUGGGGCCUGAGGGCGCGGUCAGCUAGUGAGUGUGGCGAGGUCCAUCUGUCCUGCCUCUCCUUCACCACCCUGCUUCUUCAUUGUCCCCCAUCCCUUCUCUAGGGCGCCGCCUCUUUCCCGCUGCUUCUCCGAUGCCCCAUUCACUCACGCGCACACAGUAGGUCCUCAUGAAGCAUGUGUCGAUUGGUGCGGGCUCUAUAUUAAAUGCAGAGGAUAGGACAGGAGGGUCCCUGAGGUGAGGGGCAUCUUGUGCUCACCUUUCCGUGGCCAGCUGCCUGCUCUGCUCCCUUCCUCCGGCACCCAGGGUAAUGCUGGGUAAGACCUGGGUUUGCACACAACAGGACGUCACUGGAAACUGCUCGACCAGAUUCCAUCAGGAAAGAGAGAGGCCCAGGAGCCCUUCUCUCCUCCCCGAGUUCAGAGCAAUUUAGGAUUCCUCAGAAACUGUGAGGACCUCUCCAGGCUUCCUGCAUCACCUAUCUUCAACCUACUUCUUUCUUAUGUUUUAGCUGCUGUUUUGAAAGCAGUGCAUGGACAUUAAAUACAACUUUUUAAAAAUUCAGGCAGGGGCGCCUGGGUGGCUCAGUCGGUUAAGCAUCUGCCUUCGGCUCAGGUCAUGAUGGAGCCCCGCAUCCGGCUCCUUGCUCAGCCGAGAGCCUGCUUCUCCUUCUCCCUCUCCCUCUGCCUUCUGCUCCCCCGCUUGUGCUCUUUCUGUCAAAUAAAUAAAUAAAAUCUUAAAAAAUAGUAAAAUAAAAUAAAAUUCAGUCAAGUAAAACACAGGAGUUAGAAAUAAUGCAUCAACUGGGCGCCUGGGUGGCUCCGUCGUUAAGCAUCUGCCUUCGGCUCAGGUCAUGGUCCCAGGGUCCUGGGAUCAAGUCCCAAAUCAGGCUCCCUGCUCGGCGGGAAGCCUGCUUCUCCCUCUCCCACUCCCCCCUGCUUGUGUUCCCUCUCUCACUGUGUGUCUCUCUUUCAAAUAAAUAAAUAAAAUCUUUAAAAAAAAAAGGGAUAAUACAUCAACCAAGGGUGACGACUGUUGGCAGUCUGGUGUAGAAUGUUCAAGUGCCUGCCUUCCGUACUUGUCCUGAGACUGCCCGCUGGGGACCCUCCCUCAAGGCUGCGUUAGAUAAAAAUCCUAGAUUUUUUUCUGCAACCCAGAGUUUUCUCUCUCUCAUUCUCAAUUCCCUCCUUUGCCUACAGAUCUAGAACUUUCUAGGUUGCUGUUUUCACUUCACAAUAUUUUCCUACCAUUCUCUAUUUCACUUAGUUUUUAUAGACUUUUUUUAUGUUACGAAAUAUUCUCUUGAUUAUAUAUACAAUCUUUUAAAUUAGACAUAUGUUAGUCAUCACUUUCUGUUUUAAGUAGCCAAAAGCCACGCAAACUGGCUUACACAAAAAAGGGAGUUUAUUGACUCGUGUGCUUAGCCAGCUUAGGGGUACAGCGGGUUUCAGGUGUGUCUGGAUCCAGAGGACAAAAAAGGAUGUCAUCAGGUAUUUGCCUUUCCAUUUCUCAGGCAGGCCUGCACCAGGUUCAGACAAGAACCCUCCCCCAAGCCUCCCCCCGCAACCCAGUGCACCCCAUUCCCACUGGGUGCUCCCAAGGGGAAAGGGGCGGGGCAGAGGUCCAGGGGCCGCUCUGAUUGGUCAGGACUGGGUCACGUGCCUUUGCCUGUGCUGGAUGGGGCCUGAGCGGUGGGCGCUGUAAGGUACGGGAAGGGAGAAAGGAGCCAGAAGAGGAAAAGCAAGGGCUACACUAGAUGCCUUCCGCUUUCAGGGACAUUUAGAUUAUUUCAAAAAAAUUUUUUUAUGCAUAGUGGUAAAAUGAAUAUCUGUGUGCCAAAAGCUUAUUGCGUUAUUAUUACGAUUUCUUUUCUUAAAAUAGAGUCCCUGAAUGGGGAUCCCUGAAUAAAGAAGGACCCUAUGACGGGAAAGGAGGAGUCUCCACCUACCCCCCCCCCCCCCAAUUACAGUAGUGAAAUAUAUCAUGGGAAACGGGAAAGAUUUAAAGCGUGGAGGGGAAAGAGAGCCACUGUCCCCAUUUCAGACCACAGCCUGCCAGUCCCAUUUCCCACAUCUUACCCUCGCGGGGGUUAAAUAGUUGCCAUGCCACUGUGCUUCCUGCUUUUGCUGUUCUCAUUUCUUCUCAGAAGUUCUUCAGGAGCAGAAUGAUGACAGAAAAAACCCUCUGAAGGCCUGAGAUACGCGGGAAGCCAUUGGAGAUUUCCUUCCAAGCCAAUGUGACUGUUAGAAGCUUUGUUCAAACCCAAAGCCUGACUUAUGGCCCACCACGCGUGCGUCAGGCUUCGUACACCUGCUUUGUGAGUGAGCUGCCUGAAGGAAAGCCAUCCUGUCCUCGAGAAGUCAAUCAAUGCCCCUACCCGCCCUGCAUUCCUUUCUGGUGAACCCGUGAUUCCCGCCUGCGUGCAAAUCUAUAAUCGUUAGAGCUUUUACGAGAUGUAAGAAAGGCUAUCACCCUGAAAACACGGUUCAUUCUUCCUGGAGCCCGUUCUCCCCUGUGAAGAGCGUGUUUCCCGGGCAGCUGUCCUUCCCGCCAAUAAAACUCUCUUUCUUACU